UCUUGCCAAACGCACGCCUGGUUUUAAGUUUACUUUUUCCUUUAUCAUUAUUCGAGCCGGUUGUGGUCUCUGUUAUUUUACAGAUCCUAAGUGAAAAUUAUACAUAAAAUAAAAUGAGUCCACAAUACAAAGUUGCUGAUAUCAGUCUCGCUGAGUAUGGCCGUAAGGCCAUCAUAAUCGCGGAGAAUGAGAUGCCUGGUCUAAUGGCAAUUCGCCAGAAGUAUGGACCACAGAAAGUACUAAAGGGCGCACGUAUUGCUGGAUGCCUUCAUAUGACCGUACAAACGGCCGUAUUGAUAGAAACCCUCGUCGAGUUGGGUGCAGAAGUUCAGUGGUCAAGCUGUAAUAUAUUUAGUACACAAGAUCAUGCAGCUGCAGCUAUAGCCAAGACUGGUGUACCAGUCUACGCAUGGAAGGGCGAGACCGAUGAGGAAUACUUGUGGUGCAUCGAACAGACGUUGGUAUUCCCCGAUGGUCAGCCCUUGAAUUUGAUACUUGAUGAUGGCGGUGACUUGACUAAUUUGGUGCACGAGAAGUUCCCACAGUACUUAAAAGGCAUAAAAGGAUUGAGUGAAGAAACCACAACCGGUGUACAUAAUUUGUACAAAAUGAUGAAGGAGGGUCGCCUGAGCGUGCCUGCGAUCAAUGUUAAUGACUCAGUUACAAAGAGCAAAUUCGAUAACCUGUAUGGUUGCCGUGAAUCGUUAAUUGAUGGCAUUAAGCGCGCCACCGACGUCAUGAUUGCUGGAAAAGUGUGUUGCGUCGCCGGUUAUGGUGAUGUAGGCAAAGGUUGCUCACAGGCGCUGCGUGGUUUCGGCGGACGAGUUAUUAUCACUGAAAUCGAUCCCAUCAAUGCGCUGCAGGCUGCCAUGGAAGGGUACGAAGUUACCACAAUGGAAGAAGCAUGCAAAGAAGCCACUAUCUUUGUGACCACCACCGGUUGCAAGGACAUCAUUACUGGAGCGCAUUUCCUGCACAUGUCCGACGAUGCAAUCGUUUGCAACAUUGGUCAUUUCGAUUGCGAAAUUGACGUUGCAUGGCUGAAUGCGAAUGCGAAGGACAAGAUAAAUGUUAAACCUCAAGUAGAUCGCUACACCCUCGCCAAUGGCAAACAUAUUAUUUUACUGGCCGAAGGACGUUUGGUGAAUUUGGGCUGUGCGCAUGGGCAUCCUAGCUUUGUGAUGUCAAACUCGUUCAGUAAUCAAGUUUUGGCACAAAUUGAAUUGUGGACCAAGGCGGAUAAAUACAACGUCGAUGUGCAUAUGUUACCAAAAAUCCUCGACGAAGAAGUGGCCAGUCUACAUUUGGAGAAAUUAGGUGUAAAAUUGACGAAAUUGACCGCCGAGCAAUCCAAAUACUUGGAUGUGCCACAGACUGGCCCCUUCAAGCCAGAUCACUACAGAUACUAAGAGCCCAUCUCUGGCUCAAGCUCUUGCAAAGGUAAACAUACUAUUAUUGAGAUUUUUUUUUUUCUAAUACCAAUUGGUUUUGUUGUAAUUUGCAUUAAUAAAGUUUAUACAUACAUAUAUAAAAAAAUUGUAAUAAAGUGAAUGGAAUACUAUAAAUAGCGAAAGUCACGUA